AUUCGAGAGACAACAUUCGAGAGCUCAAAAAGUUGUUACCGCACGCCAGAAAAAUCCCAAAUUUGCAUCGAAAACACACAAAAAAUAAAAAAUCCUCAAACAAGGCCUUAAAACUUAAAUCGAAACGCAUUUUUAUCACGUGAGAUCUAAAGUUUAAGCAGAAAAUCAAAGCAAAAAAUGGCAAAAUGGGGUGAAGGUGAUCCACGUUGGAUCGUUGAAGAGAGACCCGACGCCACAAAUGUCAAUAAUUGGCAUUGGACUGAAAAGAAUGCGACGCCAUGGUCGAAAGACAAGCUGAAACAGUUGCUCGAAGGCUUGGAAAUCAAGAAAAACGGCAUUCAUUGUCGCAUCAAGUCAUGCGAAAAAUUAGAAGGCGAAGCAACGGCAAAUAAUCGUAAAGGAAAAUUGAUCUUUUUCUACGAAUGGGAUAUCGUGCUCAAGUGGGAAGGCAAGUUGGAGGGCGACGAAAAGUUUGUGACAGACGGCAAAGCGACAAUUCCUAACCUCAGUGAGGAAAAUGACAUCGAUGAAGUCGAAAUUACCAUCUCCAUUGACGAAUCCAACGAACUGAACGAGCGCAUAAAGGCUUUCAUGUACAACGUUGGGCGCGACAAGAUCCGCGAGCAACUCGAUUCUUACGUGAAAACGCUCAAACUGGAUUUCGCCAAAGGAUUAAUUCUGCCCUCGAAGGACGGCGCGAAGGAUAGUGAUAAAGUUGUGAUCAAAAACAACACGAUGAUCAACAAAAAAAUCGAAAUGCAGCCCGUGAUCGAUCCAAAAGCCAAUGUCGGAGUUCGCAUCGAAUGCGAAACGAUCAACAUCACCGAAUCCUUCAGAUGUCGCGCCGCUGAGCUAUACGACGCACUUACGAACAAAGAAAUGGUCGCUGCCUUCACGCGAGGAGAUGUCAAAAUGGAAGCCAUAAAGGGGGGAGAAUUUCAAUUAUUCGGCGGAAAUAUCUCAGGAAAAUUCGACGAACUCGUACCUCACAGCAAAAUUACGCAAACUUGGCGAUACAAACAGUGGCCCGGCGGGCAUCAUUCGCACGUAACUCUCGAAUUAAGUGAGCAGGACGAUCACACGGAGCUCAAGUUGACACAAACGAGUGUGCCCGUCUCCGAUUUGGAGAAUACCAAACAAAAUUGGAGCCGAUACUAUUUCGAAAGUAUUAAACGGACUUUUGGUUUCGGAACAUUCUUGUAUUGAAAAAUUUCCUUGUUUAGCUUUGUAUACCAAUAUUUAAAUAAAGUAAUGAUUAGAUGCGCGCGCGCUCCCCAAUUAAAUUAUUAUUUUAAUUUUUUUUUUUUUUUUAUUAAAAAAAUUAAGGUCGAUUUAAAAAUUUAAAAAAAUUUUGCUUAAAAUUUUUUUUUUUUUUUAUAAAAAAUUAAUUUUCAAUUUUUUUUAUAUAUUUUUUGUCCAAAAAUUCUCAUUAAAAAAUAAAAAUU